ACCUUCUCAGGCAAACAAGCCUCCUGCUGCCUCUCAGGACCACAGCCAAGAAAGACAUUAUUUGCCUCACUAUGAAUACCAAGGUUAUUGCUACACUUCUGGCUUUCUUCCUGGCCUUUGCAGCUCUGACAGAAGGCGCCUCAAUAGCCCGGAUGGGGAGUGAACUGCGGUGCCAGUGCAUAAACACCCAUUCCAGAUUCAUCCAUCCCAGAAACAUUAAAGAUGUCAAAUUAACCCAAAGUGGGCCCCACUGCAAGAAUGUUGAAGUCAUUGCUACUCUCAAUGACGGCAGAGAGGUCUGUUUGGAACCCACAGCAAACUGGGUGAAGGUGAUCAUCAAAGCCAUCCUGGAGAAGGCUCAAGCCAAUGUCUAAUCACAAAUAGAAGGAAAGCCACUGAGCGUUUCUCCCAUAUUGCUUCAUUGAAAGAAACUGAGCCAUUUCAAGCAAGCCUACUUUUUGAAAAGAGACUUUUAUAACCAAGAAGAUAUAUAAUAUACAUAUAGAGUCUUAUGUAUGUAUUUAUUUGAUAAGUGCAUUGCUAGAAAGACUUGAGAAGAAUAUUUAAUAUACGGGUUAAAAAAAUGGAAGCAGAAGGAUGAGGUGGAAAAUGAAGGUUUGGAAAGCAGAACACAUAGGUGAACGCAGGUGAAAGGACGGUACAGCUGUGCUUACAUCACACCAACUGUUAUUACAACAAAGCAAAUUGGCAACAGAUCCUGUUCCUCUGGGGCAUGUGCAGACAACUAGUACAACUGCAUUAA